UUCACCCUCCUCUCUCCUCUCUCACAUGCUAUCGCUCGCUCUCUCUUUCCACAGUCAGAGCAGGGAGAGCGCAGCGCCUGGGUCGCAUCUACGUUUCUCUCUCUCUCUCUCUCUCUCUCUCUCUCUCUCUUUCGUUCCUCUUCCAUCCCUCUGGACUCCCUCCAGCUCCUCUGAUUGUCAUUCUGCAGCUGAAAGCCUGUUAGAAAUUUCCCAGAGCUCGGCAUCACAGGCAGGACACAGGAGAGGAGAAGGGAAGACCGGUGGGGGAAUAAAUUGGGGAUCCCUCAAAGAACUGAGGAGUCUUUGUUCUUUGCAGGCUUUUGAUGAUUGACCUGUUCCGCUGCCUUUCUUCUAUAAGGAAAGACUUAACAUGGAAGACUUGAUGUGAGAGUUAAAAAAAAAAAAACAGAGCAAAAGCUUUUGCAGCUUUAUUUUGCCUCACGGAAGGAAGUGAGGCACAUGGAGACACGGCGUUUGGAAGUGAGCGACUGAAGACCUAAUCCAUUUUCAAGGAAAGGAAAGAAAACUUCAAAAGAAACAGGAGAGCCUGAACACAGACUUUCGAUAAAAGGGAACGAGACGCUGAAUCAAGAGAUUUUAAAAACAGGCUUUAGGCUCCCCCGGCCAGUUUCUGUUUCCAUUCCCUCCGUCCCAUCUGUACUUUUCCUCUGCGGCUCGGGCUCUGCUCCCUUGACUGAAGCUCAGCCAUGCAGGUGUCCAUUGCCUGUACGGACCACAACCUGAAGAGGGGGAAUGGGGACCACGGCAAGCAGAGCGCCACCAGCCCCAACGUGGUUAACCAAGCCAGGGCCAAGUUCCGCACCGUGGCCAUCAUCGCCCGCAGCUUCGGCUCGUUCACCCCACGCCACAUCUCACUCAAGGAGUCAACGGGGAAACACACUGGCAUGAAGUACAGGAACCUUGGAAAGUCGGGACUCAGAGUAUCUUGCUUAGGACUGGGUACAUGGGUGACAUUUGGGGGACAGAUAACAGACGAGGUUGCAGAGCAGUUAAUGACUAUCGCCUAUGAGAGUGGCGUCAACCUGUUCGACACAGCUGAGGUCUACGCAGGCGGCAGGGCUGAAAUCAUUCUAGGGAACAUUAUCAAGAAGAAAUGCUGGAGGAGAUCCAGCUUGGUCAUUACAACUAAACUCUACUGGGGAGGAAAAGCAGAGACAGAGAGAGGACUGUCAAGGAAACACAUAAUUGAAGGUCUGAAAGGCUCCCUACAAAGGAUGCAGUUGGAGUAUGUAGAUGUUGUUUUUGCCAACCGUCCUGACAGCAAUACUCCCAUGGAGGAGAUCGUUCGGGCCAUGACCUAUGUGAUCAACCAAGGUAUGGCGAUGUACUGGGGGACGUCUCGGUGGACGGCUAUGGAAAUCAUGGAGGCGUAUUCGGUGGCGAGACAGUUUAAUCUGAUCCCUCCAGUAUGUGAGCAGGCGGAGUAUCAUCUCUUCCAGAGGGAGAAAGUAGAAGUGCAACUGCCUGAACUUUACCAUAAGAUAGGAGUAGGGGCGAUGACGUGGUCACCUCUGGCGUGCGGCAUCAUCACAGGAAAAUAUGAAAAUGGUAUUCCUGAAUCUUCUAGGGCCUCCAUGAAGUCAUAUCAGUGGUUGAAGGAGAAAAUCGUAAGCGAGGAUGGAAGAAAGCAGCAGGCCAAGCUGAAAGAGCUCAACCACAUCGCAGAGAAGCUGGGCUGCACUCUGCCUCAACUGGCUGUGGCGUGGUGUUUAAGGAAUGAAGGGGUGAGCUCAGUCCUACUGGGAACAUCCAAUCCUGAACAGCUCACAGAGAACCUCGGGGCCAUACAGGUCCUUCCUAAGAUGACUUCUCAUGUGGUGUCUGACAUUGACCAUAUCCUGGGCAACAGACCGUACAGUAAGAAGGACUACCGCUCUUAGACUAGGUUGGUGGACUACCAAGAGGUCAGCUGUACCUACCUACUGACCAUACUGCUAUCAUGGACCCACUGAUCAAUGUUAAAAGUCCGUGGUUCUCUCCUUGUGCCCUCACUCAGCUCCAGCCCACCUCAGCGUGGAGCAGACAGCCUUGCUAAACCUAGCAUUGCAUAACCUCGUCUGUUUGAGACGUGUCAGAUCAGCUCUACCAGGUUCAUCUCAGGUCCAGUCCAACUCAGCCAAGAAACACGCAACAAACUCUUUUUUCAGCCUCUAAUCAACUUAGUCCAUCAAAACUUUCAGCUCCCCAACCUAGGUGCUACCCCAUUCAGCACCGGUCCAUACAAAUAUAACUAUGCAGAGCUUAGACCAUGUUAACAUUCAGCUCCAGUGCCAUGCUGACAGCAUUUAGAGCAUUUCAUCCUGGUUCAACUCCAUCAAGGGGCCUCAAUUAUUAAAAAAUUCAACAUUUAGAUGCUAAAGUCGACCCAGCUCCUUGUUUUUUCUACUUCACAUUCACACAAUUCUGCACAUUUACAGUUGGGAGCUGAGCAGUAUGGUACGAGAAGCACUGCAGGAGUAUGUAUAGUAAAAUAAUAAUAAUAAUAUAAUAAUAAACUUUAUUUAUAUAGCACCUUUCAUACAAGUAAUACAGCUCAAUGUGCUUCACGUUAAAGAAAUUACAUGCAUUAAAACAGACAAAAGAUAAGAUAGAAAAUAAAACCCAUUUGAUCUUUAUUUUUUUUUGUUAGUGGCGGCAAUUUGAGACGAUUCAUUGAUUUAUUUAUAAUAAAUGAACCCGUGUACACUAUUUAUCAGCACCUAAGUCUGUGACGCUGUAAGCGUUUCAGAACCUCCUUUGCCUGUGGACACAGACGCACCACCAGACAUUCAAUUACACCGAAAUAAGCCCUCAGCCUACUCAGAACAUCUUCCCGAGGGCGUAAUCUCACUGAUGGUUUUAUCUAUGUCAGAUCUCAACCUGAAGUUGGCCCAGAAAAAAAACUUCAUCCCCACGGGGAGGUUCUUAAAUUUUCAGAAUUUAUCCUUAAAAAAGUGCCUUGCUCAAGGGCAACUUGAUAGAAGUUGAGCUGAGUGAGACGGUAUGUUAUCUAUUCACUUUUCCCACCCACAUCCUCACAGCUCAGCCGAUGACUCAGACCCUCGAGUCACAAACCUGCUUCUCUAAUGUCCAGGCUGCCAGCCACAAGUGAUUUCAUUUGAGCACAAAAUUCAAACUGAGCACAUAUUUUAUUUAUGGGAAUAAUUGUACCCCAGCUGAAUACGUCUGUGCAAGCAUCUCACGCACAAAUUAUACGAGAGGUAUCCCAAGAAAGUGGGCACGAGGAAGCUUCAGUUGCAUGAACAUCCUGUCAGUCAGCGCUCUCAUUAAAUCUUUAUGCAGUGUGCAGAGAACAAAAUGCUAAUUAACAUAUGAGCUCAAUACGCUCACCCACUGUGUCAGAGGCUCAUGUCAUGGGAUAUAACAUCGUGGAUAUUUUCCUGAUGAAAUUUGCACUUUAGCAAGGUGACCCACACACUCCUCUGAAACCUGAUUUUAAAGAAAAUCCAGCUCCAGUUAGCUUGUAUUAGCUUUCCUUAAACUACCUAUCAAAUCCUACUAGAUGUAUCCAGUCCCAUGUUUAGUAUAAUACAGAAUAGUAUUCAAUAGUUAUCUGAUAUUAUAGGCUGCAAAUCCUGAGCAUAUUAACCAACAGAUGCAUGUUCUCCCUGCUAUAGUGUGCCUCUGUUUUCUUUUCUACAAAGCACAUAAUUAAAACAACAAAGAAGAGAUUUGAUCAAACAAGCUCGUCCUGUAAAGCAGAGCAUCAUGGGACGUGUGUCAGUGGGAUUGAGACUCUUUCAGGAGAGAGAGUGAAGCAUGUUGCCCCCCGCGUGGUCUUUGAGGAACUGCUGCUCCGCUUCACUAGAUAGAAGAGAGAAAGUGGACUCCUUGUCUCUCAGUCUGCGUUCAUUACGGGGACACUCGUCUCCUUUUCUGCCUGUGAACUGAACCUGCAUUUACGUAAAUGAACCUCGCAAACAUGGACUCAAGCAUAUAAUAAAUCGAUAUAUAUAAUAAAAGGAUCCUGACCUCCUGGCUGGUCAUGUUUAUAAAUGCAAAUACCCGCUUGUUAAAGGCACAGACGGGAAUAGGCAAGAUGUUUGGGAUGUGGCAAAGAUUACAGUAUUUAUUCUAGUAGUAGUUAAUAAAUAUUCAAUUUAUUUUGACAUUUUGUGAUAUUGGUUUUCUGGGGGAGAUUUAUGGGGAUGUUUCAUGUACAUAAAAUGUUAAAGCAUAUCUUGUAACAUAAGGAAAACCAUCAAGAAGACUUUCACGCAUAUGAGGACUUCACUGUACUGUAUGGCUAAUAUAAUAUAAUAUAAAUAAGAUGUAAAUAGAGUUGUUUUGUUGCUCCUCUGCAGUAUCACUGCAUCAGCUGCAGUGUUUGAGUCACUCUUCAUCCUCCAUCCUCCUGCAGCUUCACACGCACACACACACACAGAGAAAAUUCAUUUCUGCCUCCUGAAGGAUACUUGAUAGAUGAACUAUUUAUAAGGAGCAACCGUUCAUUUUAUUGUUCUUGAACUGUGAAGUUGGAUUAUGAAAUCUAUAUUAAUAAUGGCAUUAUUUCACGAAUAAGCUUCUGUUAUGAGAAGUAACGAGCUUAAGCAUUUCCCACUGACUUGACCUUGAGUCAUUAUCUCUGGCCAGGUGGCUCGGCUCGCUUUCAUGCAUUGUUGUUGUGUUAUUUUAUUUUUUUCUUCUGGAAAACAAGCCAUCAUAGAGAUCAGCAGAAAUGUUGGCCGGGUCCCAGUUGAGUCACUGUCUUGUCCUUGGUGCACAUUUGUUGACUUGCAGCACAAACACCCUCCAGCUUUUAAUCAAAAGGAAAUAUCAGUCUUUUAUGUUUAUCAAGACUUUGGCCAAAAAUGCUGUUACACAUAUUAGAAUGAAACAUCAAUGAGGGACAUUUGGCUCACAGUUUAUUUUAAGCAGCCUGGCCUUAGAUGUGAUGGACAGACAUCCUUAUGACUAUUUCACUGGACGAGCCAUCUACUCACAAAACAUCUUUUCCCUUAAAUACAUUUUAUUUACUGGACACCCAUUUGAUUCUACUUACUGUUAAGUAAUUGGUAAACUGUCAGUCAGUAUUUCCUCCUGCUUUUGUGGUGAAUUCAGUUCACUUUCCUUCACCGUAACUCGGUGGCAACACUGUGUGACAUCACAUACAGUAGUGGCACUUUUAGUUUGUGUGAUAGUCAACAAGUGUCCAUCAGUUCAGGUCAGCGAUCCUGUCAGUGUGUGCGUGUAUGUGUGUGUGGAGACUUCUCCACUCAACAGAGUGCCUUGACUUGAGUCCUGCUACAGUAAAAAGAAAAAUCAGGGAUGUGUUUCAUUACCGGUUGUUAAAUGGUGUUCGGAUGCUGUCCUACAAACAAAUGUGAGAUUAGAACAAUAUUCAUGCUGAUUCUUCUAUUAUUAAUCUACAGUGCAGUACGUGUUAUCUAUUGCUCGUCUAUCUAUUCACUUUAAAUGCAGCAACACGUUCACAAUGAUUAGUGUAGAAGGUACUUUUAACUCAAAAUAAAGGAUACAAUUCCUUUAAUUGUCAUCCUGUCAGUUCCAUGUUGGCCUUUAUUUAUUUAUUUUGCCAAAACCAGAAAAACUUACUGGAACAGUUUGAUCAGACUGGGAAAUAUGUGGCUGCAGGACUUAUAAUGCUAAACAGCAGCAUAGUUGCCCAUUUAAACAGCCAUUUGCUUCAUGAAGCAUCAGUUGAGUCUUUAUGUUUACAGCUCCACAGGUUCUGGACUGUGCUCUUUAGAGGGAAACAAGCAAUACAAUCUUCCUUUGGGUACCAAUGAAAUAUCAUGUUAUUCAAUGCACUGACACACUGAAUCAUUUUGGGAAACUGGCCAAAAUCUUUCAGUGUUGUAUGCGAAAACAUUGACUUGUGGGCAUUAACUUUUUUCACCAACUUAAUUAGUUAUCAGCAGCAGUCUAACAGGUCUGAAGGUCAAAAUGGAACAAAGCUGUGGCUAAAUGUUUAACUAGAUAAGAUGAAGGUCUGAUGUGUCACAUCAGCUUUAACCCCAAACCCAACUUAAAUCCAUUCUGAUGACAACAUGAAGUAACCUGCGUUGUUUUCUACAAUAUGCACAUUUGUGGAUGGAAAAUCGACAUCGAGUUUGGUUCUAUUUUUUUGUUGAAAAGUGACAUGCAAACCAUCAGUGUAUUAUUUCCUCUCCUGAACAGUGGUUUUUCUGUAAAUAUCUCUGUCUAUAUGAAAGUGUGAUUAUAAAUAAAUGCAUUGCCAAUGGAAACAUCGAUGUCUCACUUU